AUGGGCGAAUCUAGGCAAGAGCUUCUGGCAUGGCUUAACAACCUGUUGCAGCUGAACCUUACCAAGGUUGAGCAGUGCGGCACGGGUGCGGCUCUCUGUCAAGUCUUUGACUCAAUCUUUAUGGAUGUCCCCAUGUCCCGUGUGAGAUUCAACGUCAAUACUGAGUAUGCCUAUCUUCAAAAUUUCAAGGUCCUUCAAAACGUGUUUGCUCGCCACCAGGUAGACAAGCCAGUCCCCGUGGAACAACUUACCAAAUGCCGCAUGCAGGACAACCUUGAAUUCCUGCAGUGGACGAAGCGAUACUGGGACCAGCACUUCCCUGGUGGUGAUUACGAUGCCGUUGCUCGUCGGAAGGCUUCGGGCGGUCCUGCUGCUGCUGCUAGUGGUUCUCGCGCAGGCGCAGCCUCGGCUGGAGCCACACGGCGGGGAGCUACACCUACUACUGCUGCAGCUCGUCCACGAGUCGCUGCAGCAAGUGGGCCUAACGUGUCUGUCUUGCAGCAAGAGAUUGCGACUCAGAAGGAAGCUAUUGCCGGAUUGGAGAAGGAGCGGGAUUUCUAUUUUGCUAAGCUCCGAGACAUUGAGCUUUUGCUGCAAAGUGCCAUCGAGGCAGACCCCGAGUUGGAGAAGGAAGACGAUUCGUUGGUGAAGCACAUUCAAGGCAUUCUGUACUCGACAGAGGAAGGAUUUGAGAUCCCAGCUGAAGAGGGUGCUGCGGAUGAACUGGAGACAUUCUAA